AUGCAACGAAUCAAACCAGAAGAAGAGAUCCAUCUACACGUGAGCGGAAUCAUGGGUCCUCCUGAAUCUAGCGCGACUGGGUCGGUAAGGAGCUCCAUGAUGUUCCGGAAAAGGGCUUCGAGCAACAGGAGUUUAAACUUGCAGCAGCUGGGCAAAAGCACGAAAGACAGGGGCUCUUCUCAUGUAGAACCCGAAGGUUCGACUGCGUCCGCGCCAUUCUCCCUCGAUGCCCUCCACUCUUCAUUUGGUUCUAUCUCGAUAGCCACCACUAACAGCCCCCAAGGUUCGGCCCUCUUCACACUUGGUGAUGGGGAUGAUGCGGAGAGAGCGGAAAAGCUCUCUGAACGAGAUGACUUGGCGAGUGAUUGGGAUGCUGACUCUUCGUGUGGCGGGAGAAAUAGGGAUGAGUCUAGUAGAUCGCUGAACCUUCCAGUGACGGAAGACGCCAACCGGGGAAAAGACCUCGAUAUGGCAUCGGUCGGCUCAGUGCUGUUCUCUGUCAACGAGAUGGAGGAAGAUGAUGAUUCGGAGGUUCUGAUAGACAGUUCGAUGACAACUCCAGCUGCCUAA